ACCAUGUGGGGCUCCGCCCCGAAUGGUUCCCCCGCAGCAUCGAAGAUCCUUGCCUGAGCCCAUACAUUCCGUACAUGCACCCAUUGCACCAUGGAGAACAUUUCACCGUCCUGAUCCUGGUCUACAGCUGACCGGUUUCUCAUAAGAACUGGUACAAAUUUUUAGCUAAAAUAGCCCUUACCGCGAAAUUGAAAAAGGAUCCCUAAAUCAGUCUCCUGGAAUCAGAUAAAGUGGACAUCAAUAUUGUCAUCAAAUUCUUGUCCACCAAUGUCGUCGAACAAGCGUCAUCACAAAGAGAAGAUAGCUCGUCGUAUAAACAAAGAGGAGAAGGCGGAAGAGCCUGAGCUGCCGAAGUACAGAGACCGAGCCAAAGAGCGGAGGGACGAUCAAAAUCCGGAUUAUGAAAUUUCUGAAUUGACGUCUUUCCAUGCUGUUGCUCCCCCGGGAACUGGGGAUCUUGGGUCUGCCUAUGCUCAAAAGAUAUCUAUAGAGAAGAGUAAAUAUCUUGGAGGUGAUGUGGAGCACACUCAUCUGGUGAAAGGGUUAGAUUAUGCUUUACUUAACAAAGUGCGAAGUGAAAUCGACAAAAAGCCUGAUAUCGGAGAAGAAGCUAAUGGAAAAGCGACAAGAUCCAAGGAAGACCAACCUGUGUCAUUCCGCACUGCAACAGGAAAGUCAGUUUAUCAGUGGAUCGUCAAGCCCCAAACUGUUAUCAAGACCAAUGAAAUGUUCCUUCCUGGACGAAUGGCUUUCAUUUACAACAUGGAAAGUGGGUUUUCUCAUGAUAUUCCAACCACUCUGCACCGAAGUAAAGCUGAUUGUCCUGUUCCCGAGGAAAUGGUUACGGUUAGCGUUGAUGGUUCUGUUUUAGAUCGAAUUGCUAAGAUUAUGUCAUAUCUUCGUCUUGGAUCAUCAGGGAAGGUUCUGAAGAAGAAGAAGAAGAAAGAAAAGGAUGGAAGAGGAAAGCUAUCAAUUGUGAAUGGGUUCGAUGAAGAUGAGAGCGUGUUGAAGUCUGAAAUACUGAAGAAUCAAAACGUAGGAGAAACCCUGCCACCACCUCCCAAAAAGAAUUAUCCUGAUUCAAAAGAGAAACCGGGACCAACUGCUGUGAGGAAAGAAGAGGAAGAUAUAUUCGUGGGGGAUGGUAUCGAUUAUUCCAUUCCCAGUAAGGAUAUGAGCCAAAGCCCAAUUUCGGAGGAUAUGGAAGAAUCUCCUCACAAUAAAGAGAGGACUUCCUAUUUCAAUGAACCUGCCUAUGGCCCAGCUCCAACCACCGAGCCAUCUCAUGGUUGGCAACAAGUGAAUGGUUAUGACGCUUUGCAAGCACAAGCAUUAGCUGGUGGUUAUCAGGGAGAGUGGCAAGACUACCAAUAUGCUGAGCAACUUUCAUAUCCGGAGCAAUAUCUACAGCAAGACAUUCAGGCAUACGAUAUGCAAACUGGUUUAAAUGUUCAGCAGGACCCACGAUUCAUGACUCAAGAAGAGAAGGACAGGGGCUUAGGAUCGGUGUUCAAGAGGGAUGAUAACAGGCUUCAGCAAUUAAGGGAGAAAGACUCUAGGGAAAAGGAUCCCAAUUUCAUAUCUGAUAGUUACUCCGAAUGCUAUCCUGGAUACCAAGAAUAUAACCGGGAGAUUGUAGACAGCGACGAUGAAGCUGAUUUGACAAAAAUGGAUAUGGGUGGACGAGCCAAGGGACGCCUUCAUCGGUGGGACUUUGAAACAGAGGACGAGUGGGCAAAAUACAAUGAGCAAAAGGAAGCGAUGCCAAAAGCUGCAUUCCAGUUUGGUGUGAAGAUGCAAGAUGGUCGCAAGACGCGAAAACAGAACAGAGAACAGAAACUUUCUAACGAUCUUCACAAGAUUAACCAAAUACUGGCCAAAAAGAAGGAGAAGGGUGACAAAUUUGAUGAUAGCAGAAUAUAUGAUGAUGAGUCACAUCCAGGAAAGAAACUGCGUGUCUGAUGGAGUUCACCGUUUUCAUUUUUCCUUUUCUUGCUUUUAUUUGUAGCGUCAUACGUUGUUACUGCUCCAGAAUUUGAACUGGACAUGUCACAAUCUUAUUUCUUUUGUUACUUCGUGAAAUUAUGGUCUCUCUCGUGUGCGCAAAAUUCUCCUAAAAAUAAAGAUCCUUUUGGUACACUGUA